AUGUGUCAAUCCAAAUUUCGCGGAGGCUGGGGUCUGCGAUCUGCUAGGGAAAUGAACCAAGCUCUCUUAGCAAAACUGGCUUGGAAAAUUGACAGCAAUGAGAAGUCGCUUUUUGCCACUGUGUUUAGGCAAAAAUACUGCCGACGGACAGACUUCCUCUCGUGCAAUGCUGGGUCAAAUUCCACCUGGGGCUGGAGAGGCAUGUUAUGGGGCAGGGAUCUUUUGAAGCGCCACCUUAAAUGGAAAAUCGGCAAGGGAGAUCGUGUCCGGGUCAUAGACGACUGGAUUCCUCAGUGCUCAAAUCCUUUGAAGGAUACUGAUCUCCCUAGUAGUCACACUGAUAUGAAAGUGAAGGAUUUGCUCAAUGCCUCAGGUAGCUGGAAUCUGUCACUGCUUCAGGAGUUAUUUCCUCCCUCAGUUCUUAAUCGUAUUAUCUCUAUUUAUAGACCUUCUCAGCUAAGUCCUGUUGAGGAUCAAUUAUUUUGGGAGCCUACAAGAACUGGCAUCUGUACUGUCAAGAGUGGUUAUUACACACUGAUACAUGACAGGCAAAUCGAGCAAGCAACCACCCAAGCUGCGUCAUCUUCAAGAUUGGUUGGAGGGUUGGAAAAUACAGAUUCCAGCUAA